UCUAAACAAGGCUAGUGUGGUGCAUAUUUCGGGUGAAGGGGAAAUUGCUACUUCUGUGAGAGGUUCAACAACCAACUACUUUUUUUUUUUCUUGGCCAACAAAUGCUGUUUAAUGAACAAUCAAUUCUUGUUUCACUUCUCUCUCUCUCUCUCUCUCUCUCUCUCUGCUUCUGUGAGAAGAAGUUUUAAUUUAAGAGAGCCAAGCCCACACGCUUUCAUCCAACCAAACAUAACUAAAUAAGAAGGGUAUUGCUAGUACUUGCCCUUGCGUCCUUCCACUAACCCACCCUUUAAGAUAUCAUCUUAUUCUGCUGUCUUUGCUACCAUCACUGCCUCCAUUUUUCAUAUGGCAUUCUCCACUCCAUUUAGGAUACAUAAAUAGACACGCUUUUUUCCUUUUUUUUCUUCACCCUUCUGCCUUCUCCAUUCUCACACCCAUCACCAUUUUCUUCUCUUUCUCUUCAUGCAAAUGGGUGUCACGGCCAAGGCCAGAUCCGCUCUGGCAAUGACUGGGAGGCUUCUCAAUGAGGCAGUGAGCUUCGUCGUUUUCUGUGUGCUGGACCUCGUUGAUUUUCUCUUGUGCUUUCUUUUCAAAGCUGUGGACUUGUGGAUUGAGGCAGAUUUCAGACCCUGCUAUUGCUCUUCCACAAGGGAAGCAAUCACGAGCAGUGGGAAGAUCUUGGUUUCUGAGCAAGGCGGGGAAUCCAAGAUCGUUUCCCUCACCUCAUCCAAGCUUCGGUUGGAGGAUAUCUCUGACACCCUUUACUCUCGACCCUCUUUGGUCUCCGAGGUUUCAAAACUAACCCUCAACGAGCUCAAGAGGUUCAAGUUGGAGGAUCCUGUUCUACAUUCCAGGAGAGGAAACGGAAACGGAAACGGAAACGGGAACUCACGUUGUUCCACAUUCACCGUCAACACCACCAUUGUCGAAAUGCUCCAGGGCAAAAUCGGAAGACACCAACCUCAACAGAUUCCUAGAUGGUCCGACUGCGAUUGCAAAUACUGCACGAGUUGGAUCUCUUCUUCAUGCUCUCCUCACAACAACACCAGUGCCAAAGCCACUCUCUUUGUAAACUCCCAUUGUCCCACCACAGAUGAAGCAGGAGAUGACGUGGUGUUCAUACACGGGUUCAUUUCGUCGUCAUUAUUUUGGAGUGAGACAGUGUUCCCGAACCUUUCCAGCGCGGCUAAGUCCAGUUACCGGUUAUUCGCGGUUGAUCUUCUUGGGUUCGGGAGGAGUCCAAAACCGAGCGAGUCAAUGUACACGUUAAGGGAACAUUUAGAGAUGAUAGAGAGAUCCGUUUUGGAGGCCCAUAACGUCAAAUCCUUCCACAUUGUGGCCCAUUCAUUGGGUUGCAUUUUGGCACUCGCACUUGCUGUCAAACACCCCCAUUCCGUCAAGUCGCUCACCUUGCUUGCCCCGCCAUUCUACCCAGUACCCAAGGGUGAAGCGCAGGCCACACAGUAUGUGAUGAGAAAAGUUGCUCCGAGGCGCGUGUGGCCACCCAUGGCGUUUGGCGCGUCGUUGGCGUGCUGGUACGAACACAUAUCAAGAGUGAUUUGCUUGCUUAUCUGCAAAAACCACCGUAUUUGGGAAUUUAUAGCCAAACUCGUCACUCGAAACAGAGUGAGGACGUUCUUGCUGGAAGGGUUCUUCAGCCAUACGCACAAUGCAGCGUGGCAUACCCUACACAAUAUCAUAUGUGGAACUGCUGGUAAAAUAGGAAGCUACUUGGAUGCUGUGAGAGAAAACCCAAAAUGCAAAGUGACCAUCUUCCAUGGGAGAAAGGACGAAGUCAUACCAGUAGAAUGCAGCUAUGAGGUUCAAAAACGGAUUCCACGUGCGAAAGUCAGAGUUAUCGACAACAAAGACCACAUAACUAUUGUUGUUGGAAGACAGAAAGCCUUUGCUAGAGAGCUUGAAGACAUUUGGAACAGCACCAAACAAAACUAGAUAAAUAUUAAUAUUAAUAUAUAUAAAAAUAUAUAUAUAUAUAUACAUAAUUAUGCUGCAUGUCGUGUCAAUGGUCUUACGACGAGUGGUAGCUACUGGAUUAAAUUUGUGUUUAAAGUUUACCUGUGCCAACUCAAGUGUUGCUGUAUCUUUCACUGUAACAAACAAAUCUGUCUAUUUAACAUGUUUGGAUGUUUGGAUUCUAAACCAAAGAGAAGAGAAACUUCAAUAAAACUUUUAUAUCCAACUA